GAUACAACAUGCAAUUUGCCGGCUCUUUUCUACCUAUAUUCAUUUGUGUGGUAGUACCUUUGAUAAAAUAUGCUGAAUCAGUAAAUUGUCAAACACAACAGCUGAAAGGCCUAUGUGCCUUGUCUGGAACGUGGAGAAAUCAGCUACAGUCAGUAAUGACGAUAACUUGUAAAGGAGGAACAAUAAAAGGUCAAUAUAACAGCGCCGUCGGUAAUGCUGAACGAAAGUAUGACCUUGCAGGGAGGUAUCUGCAGGUCAACGAGACUGAUUUUAUCGUUGGAUGGUCCGUUGCCUUUAAAAAUCAAUACCGGAAUGCCAUGUCUAUUGCCAGCUGGACUGGGGUUUACUACGCCGCUGAAGGUACUAUCAGAACUCAGUGGAUUCUAGCGUCCUACAAGGAUCAAGAGGAUUACUGGAGGACCUAUUCAACCAAUCAGGAUACGUUCACGAAGAUCCAAUCACACCCUUGUUUACAGAGUAACGUGAAUUAGAGGGCGUGACUGUAAUUUUUUGGAUGUACACCUAAAAGCAGACAAUAGGGUGUAUGUUUUCUUAGAUUGUGGCACUGUAAUUGGGGUCUGAAUAACUCAGAAGUAAAAAUC